CGCAGAUUUGUGUGUGUGACUUUGGGAUUUCCUCUUUUCUUAUUCGGUGUUCAUGCUUCCUCGUCGUCAUCGUCGCCGUGCUUCUGCAGCUUAGGCUCGCUCGCAAGUUGGUUGGAAGGGAAUUUUCCCAAUUACGCUCGUUAUUUCCUUGUUUGCACCAACCCUCCUGUCAGCUUCAAUUCCAGCGUCGGGCGGAUAAGACACCCCUCGCACGCGUCUCGUGUUGCUCUCACCGUAGACAUUCCCUCCGCCUUGCAGACCGCCGCAGCAUGAUAUAGAGUUCCUUCUUUCCUCGCCACCACCUCAAGCCCGCGGCCCUAACCACGCCCAACUUCUACCGUAUUCACCGAGGCAAAUGCGAUCAAGAUGGCUUCCACUCCCUCGUCUAAUCGGCUCAAGCUCACCCCCGCAAACUCUCCGUUCCUUGCCCGCCCCUCUCGGUCGCCCAUUCGAGCCCGCGCCGCCGUAGACUCGUCCCGCCUGUCUCUGAAACGGGUCAUCGGGACCACCUGCGCGUCGCCCACCGGCUUCGACACCAUCCAGUCGUGCUUCGCCUACAUCGCCGGCGGCGCCGUCGUCGUCGUCGACGUCCAGGGCAAGGAGUACUCACAGCGCUUCUACCGCGCCCGACCGACCGCCGUGCCCGUCUAUGGCGUUACCCCCGUCUUGCACGCCCCCUCGACCCCGAACUCGACGCCCAAAGCGAACGACAGCCGCAACCGCGUUGCCGCGAGCCACCGGGACUCGUACGGCUCCAACGAGGACUCGCCCGGAUCCAAGACCUGGACCCAGCGGGAGCGCAUAAAGGCUGCCACAUGCCUCUCGCUCAGCCGUGACGGCCGCUUCCUGGCCGUGGGCGAGACCGGGUACGCGCCGAGGGUGCUCAUAUUCAACCUCCAGGACAGCUCGUCGGACGUCCCCUUGGUGUCCAUCAGCGAGCAUGCGUUCGGCGUGAAUGCCGUGGCGUGGUCGAGCGGCGCCCGUUUCCUGGCCUCGCUGGGGUCCGCAAACGACGGCUUCAUCUACAUCUGGAGGAUCGACCCCAAGACUGGCGCGGCGAAGAUGUUCCAGCAGAACAGGUGCACUUCGUUCGUGCGCGGCAUGGUGUGGAUGGGCAGCAGCGUCAUCACCUUUGGGGUGCGCCACAUCAAGGCAUGGAAGGUGGAGGAGGCGCAGUCGACGUCUCCCUCCAGGAAGAACUUUCCGAGCGACAGCUCCUUCCUCGCGUCGCAGUUUCAAAAACCCCUGCCGGGACGCAACGUCGUCCUCGGCGCCCUCCUGGACGCCACAUUCACGUGCGCGGCUUCCAUCGACGAGGAGAAGGCCAUAUUCUGCUCUGAAACGGGCGAUGUUGCUCUCUUAGACGACUCGGGGAAGCAGACGAAGCUGGUCAGAGUCAUCGGCCUAGACUUUCCCAUACACUGCAUAUCCAUCCGCGAUGGUAUCGCUCAUAUCAGCGGCAAGAGCGGCCAUUUUGCUACACUUGACGUCGCCAAGGUGGCUGAUGGCAAGGCCGACUGUGUUAUUACCACCACCGAAUCGGGCCACGGCCUGCUUGCUUUAGGAUUUCUCGACGAUCAUCUUGUUACCAUCGAUUCCCGGCAGUCCAUCGACGUGUGGGACCCGAAGCACACGCCAGGAGAGGACUGCACCAACUCGCUACACAUUCCGAUUCCCGGCCACGGAGAUCCCAUAAUGGGCGUGCAGGUGCUCUCGAGGCCCAACGCAUCUGGUGCUGCCUUCUUCACCUGGUCCGCAGCCGGAAAUAUCAUAUUAUGGGAUCUGGAGGGGACCGUCAAAGCGACGUUCGACGUUGCUAUCGAGCAAACAGAACCCUGGAACGAACUAGACCAGCCGAACGAGCUAUGCAUAGUAGCGGCCUCGCAGGGAGGCGACCUGUUCGCAGUUGCCGACAAGCUGGGCGUCCUGCGGGUCAUCGACUUCACCACCAAGGAGUGCCUCAUGGACACCAAGGCCCACUCAUCCGACUGCCAGGUCGUGGCUAUCUAUGAAGGCCAGGCGAGGGUCCUGAUGGCUUCGUGCGGAAGAGAUCGCACAGCGCAGCUCUUCCAGCGCACCUCGGCUGGCGCUUUCGAGCAUUUCCAGACUUUGGAGUUUGCCGCCAAGGUCGUCAACGUCAUGAUACCCUCGGGCGACAAGGUCAUCACGUGUUCCCUGGACCGAACGCUGCAGAUCCACGAUCUUGUUUCCAAAGACGAUGAUUCUGAUGCUAUUGCGGCGAUCCCCUCACGCGUCAUUUCGCUGAAGUCGUCUCCAGCAUCUAUGGUCAUGUCGGCUGAUGAGAAGUCGGUAUAUGUGUCACUCCUGGAUCGGUCGGUCUGUCAGUACGAGAUCGCCACUGGGCGUCUCAUGACCUUCUUCAAGUGUAUGGACGAGGGAGGCGUCGAGUCGGUGGUUCUGGACUCGCUCAUUUACGGGCCAUCGACGAAUGAUGGCGAACCGUCUAUCCUGCUCGGAAUGUCCAACAGGGACAAGUCGGUUCGCAUGUACGACUCGGCCUCGGGCUCCUUUCUGGAUCGCGAAUGGGGCCACACGGAGGCCAUCAACGGCGUCACCCUGAUAGACGACGAGGAGGGCCAGUGCCGCAAGGUCGUGAGCGUGGGCUCGGAUGGGACAAUCCUCAUCUGGACGCUUGAUUUGAGUGACCCUAUUGUGGGCUCCGAGGCCAGGGAUCCAUCCCCAGCCAAGGAGAUUUCCCUCACCUCGACACGUCCCCCGCUCCGACGGGUCCUUUCCAAGGCGGAGCUCGCCGAGUUUCAGCGUCCCUCAACCUCAUCGGCGGCCGGGCGCAAGUCGCCGCCCCGGUCCAUUGGCAAACGGACACCGAGAUACAGCGUCCUGGCCGGGACGCUCAAGACGCCGUCCUCGGCGGCGCUGCCGACAACGCCGGUGCCAGCCAGCGCCAUAGCAGAGGACACUCCUACCCGAAGAGUGUCACCUCCUGCUGCGAGUCCUUCCGAAAGCCCACCCCCGAGCAGCCCCAAGGACAGCCCAAAGACGCGGGUCAGGAGGCCGUCUCUCCCGUCCCUGGGCGCGACUACCCCGGUUCCGGUGUCGACGGGUAUUCGCAAGAAGGGAAGCGUCAACAAUCUCCGCGCGUCGACGGCGGUCAGCAGCGGGCCGUACGGGUUCGGGUCGCUCAACAUGGCGACGGAGCAGACCAGCCGGACCCUGCGGGCGUACCGCAAGAAACUGUCCUCGGCGGAUCCGAUCCGGCACGAGGCGCUCACCGAGCUGGACCAGGAACUCCGGCUGACGGCCGCGGCGCUGGGCGACCGGGUCAUCCGCUCCAAGGCCAUGAGCGAGGGCCUGCUCAACGGCCUGCUGGACCAGUACUCUGAGCGGCUCGUCGAGAUGCUGGACGAGAAGCUGCGCCUCCGCGGCAUCGUCAGCAGCCCCGCCGCGUCGGACGGGGCCAGCGCCGUCGUUGCGGCAGCGGCUGCUGUUGCUGCCGCGACGUCGGAUAAGACGGAGCUCACGCCGAGCGACUCGUCGAGCGCCACCAGCACUAUCGGGUCUGAAAGCGCAGCUGCAGAGGGCGUGGCAGACGCGAACGCCGUUUCCACUUAGCGGGUGAAACUCUGCUCGUCUCUCCACCCUGACACGAUGUUUUCCUGUCGUCUUUGCGACUCCCGUUCUGCCCACUGUAUUACUACGACCGCUACAUUUGAUACCCAUUUCCCCUGCAAACUCACUCACGUCGACGACGUCGCCCACGCAUCGGAGCCACCCGUCACCAGACAUGGCGGGGCUGCCAGAUGUGUACGGCUAGCUAGCAUGCUCGGACGCAUGCUCACUCUACUCUGUUUCUUUGUCGGUGGCUACUAUUUCUAUCACGCUGGGCGUUCGGCGCCUUUGGAAGAAGAAGGGCUUAUGGGCGGCUUCGUAUGCCCCCAGUCAGCAGCAGAAGCUGGAUGGAACCGAGACUGAGCAAAAACAGGCUCGGCCGGUCGGCUCUUAUAAUAGAGCAUCUUUUUCUGAAGAAGAAUCUCUCCGGGCCAUACACUACUGCUCUAUCGGAUAGAUGGACGGAUGGGGGACCGCAGCGGGCCCUGAUGUGGCGCCCUGCGCGAAGCGCCGCUCUUUGCUCUUUGCUCCUUGCUCUUGCUCUUUUGUAUCAGGGUCACUUUUCUGCCUUGCUUAUUUUGUCCUCUUUUUUUCUUUGUCCGUAUCUUGCACUUGGUAUGUUUUGGGCGGGAAAUCCGGCGUUUCGGGGGGUUCGGGCCUUGACAGAUGUCGGUCCAAUCCCUGUUUUGGGUGUUUCUUAUGUCUAUGGUUUGUGGCCUUUUUUUUUGGCGCGAAUAUUACAUGUUCAUCACCGAGUCUGGAAAUGAAAAUACCGAAUUUGUCUCAUUCCUUGUUGUUCCGUCUCCUGCCUGCCGGACACUGGUGCCCAAGCGAACUGGAAGUCAUCUGAACAGGAGGCCAGCCUCGUUUCCCCCCUCCCCUCACAAGCCAGCCAGGAUUCCUUUGCACUAUCGAUUCUCGUCGGAACAGCCGCCGCCUGCCCGCUCGAAUUCGGACCAACGGCCAGUAUUAGCGCGCGUCUAGGAUUGUAGCGAGGCGGGCGCA